AUGAAACACAUUUCAUCGAAAAUACAAUUGACUGUUUUAAAUAGACCAACAAUUCCAUCAACACAUUCCCCUUCAAAAAAAUUUAAAAUACCCAAAAUAAAUUUAUUUAAAUAUUUAAUUAAUUUAAUAUUUUUAAUUUUAUUAAUUCCAUCUUCCCAACAAAAUUUUAUUAAUUUUGAAAAAAAUAAUAAAUUUUCUUUAAAUUCGCGUUGGAGGAGAUCUAUUGAAAUAGAAGGAUCAGAAGAUGUUUUAAAUUUAUCAGAACAAAAAAUAAAUAAUUUUGAUGAGAAUGGGCAACAAAAACGUGUUGCUGUUGGAAGUAGAAAUAGACGCCCAGAGAUAUUUCAAGCGCCCACUGACAGGAUUUCCGUUGUUCGAUCUCAAUUCAGAUUGAAAUUAUCCCGUUAUAGCAACCCUGCCCGUCGCAUGCAAAAUUUGACUACCUGCGCAUGCCCCCAACAAGAUCCCUCAAAUUGUGGUAGAGAUAUUGGCGGUAAUCGCUCUCCUUGCUACUUUUCUUUCGUUAUUGUUGCUAGUAGUGCAGAACAAACAGUCAAUUUCCGUUCUACACCUUUUGUAGUUAUUGGAGAUACAGGUGUUAUCGAAGCAAGUUUAGAACCAGAAUGGGGAUCUGAAUUGCAACUUGAUUUUUCUACAAAACCGCGUUUUGUUGACAUUUAUGCUUACAAUCUCGGCCCAGUUUUUAGUUUAUUGGAUGGAAGAAUUAUAAGUUGGUCAGAGACUUUGUGGCCUGUAGAUGCUUGGUCUUUGGAUUUAACAAAUGUAUUGCCUCACAGUUUUUACGAAUCUGGGCCUUUUUAUGAACAAAGGGAAUUGUUUGGGAGAUAUGACACAAACAGCGCGUUAAAUUUGGAAUUUUCUGUUAAAUGUAUUGGGGACUCGAUGGGGCCUGAAUGCGAUUUAAAUUGUAAAAGGAGAGAAGGAGAUAGUGAAAUGAAAACAAAUCAGAUUGAAAAGCCUAAUGAUUUGUAUAAAAAUGUUGGCGCACAGGCGGGAUGGACGAUUUGUGAAUCUGAACAGAGACGUUAUUUCGCCUGUCGCUUUCACGAUGCUAACAGACUACAAGUUGAUAAUUGUCGUUUUUGUGAAUAUGGGGUUAUUAAUGAAACUAUUUGUGUACACGAUCCUGUACAAUGGAAACAAGAACCUGAGAAUGUAUUUUACAAAUCUUGGACUAUUGUUCUUGGGGUGCUUCUUAUAGUUACUUUAAUUCUUUCGAUAUUGACUUGCUUCUUGUGUUGGAUUCUCCUUCUUCGCCGAUUCUCUUCCAAGUCAAAGCGUGAAUCUGCCCUAGCCGGCACUUACAGACGUGGAGGUGUUCCCUACAGUAUCAGUGGAAACGACUUCGGAGCCGCCUCUCGGUUAGGUGAUUCUCUAAUGCUCCACAAACCUCUCCUUCUUGGCAAUGGAAUAAAAACAAAAUUGACAAAUGGAAAAGAAGCAACUGACUGGACUUCAAAACAAUCAAAACCCCCAAUUUCUGUUAGACAACAACAACAACAAUUCCCGAUAAUGGGCGCUUCCCGUUCCCCUUCUGCUUCUCAACAUUGGAUGGCUGCUGCUGUUGGUAGUGUUGGUGAAAUGGGAGGAAGUGGGCCGAUAAUUACACAUACACAAAAUAGUCCUGAUACUAGUGAAAGUGAUUAUCGUCCAAGCCCAUUUACAACUCCAAGAAGAGAAGCGCUUGUAUAAUACAAA